CACACGCACACACACUCACACACACACACUCGCUAUAUUGGGUUACACUGUAGCAAAAUGGCGACUGUCAUUCAGAAUCCCCUGAAAGCCCUGGGGGACCAAUUCUAUCAGGAGGCUAUUGAGCACUGCCGAAGUUACAAUGCUCGUCUUUGUGCCGAACGCAGUGUUCGUCUGCCUUUCCUCGACUCACAGACCGGUGUGGCACAGAACAACUGCUACAUCUGGAUGGAGAGGCGCCACCGGGGGCCAGGUGAACAGCAUUGGGUCCACUUAGGGGUGGGACGGGGUUUGACCUCUGGACAGAUGUACACUUACCCUGCACGGUGCUGGAGAAAAAAGAGGAGACUGCAGCCACCUGGAGACCCUCAGCUCCAUCUGUGUGAGUUUAAAUUGGAGGCAGACCUGUUGGAAAGAAAAGAUGGAUCAGCAAGUGAGGGAACAGCCCUGGAGGCUUUGCUGCGCAGUGAUGGCUUGGAGAAAAAAAACAUUUCUAAAGAUGAAGAAAGUCUUCUAGAGAUACAGAAAGUUCUAGAAUCUGAAGAAAAUGGGGAAGGUUACCAUGAUGAUGAAGAUUUUGAACUUGAAACACCAAAACGCAAAUACAGGGGAAGGGGACGAGGGCGCGGCCCUGGGAGGAGAAGAGCAGAUGCAUCAACAAUGGAUGACCAGGAGAAACCCUACGUGUGUGAAAUCUGUGGAAAGCGGUAUAAGAACCGCCCUGGUCUCAGCUAUCACUAUGCUCAUUCUCACCUAGAGGAGGAGGAAGAAGAACCAGAGGAAGAGUGGGUCUCAGAGCCAGCUAAUUCCCCUCACCUGGCUGACUCUGACAACCAUAAAUCUCACAAGGGACCUCAUGGGACCAUUGUUUCCAACAACUGCUGUAAUUUCUGCUUGCGAGACUGUGCCUCAAACAGGAAGAUGGGUCAUGCAGAAGACUUGGUGCCCUGCCCUGACUGUGGGCGUUCCGCUGAACAUGGCCACGUUGGGGAGGAGAGGAAGAUGGGUGCCUUUGGUGCAGAGGACUUGUUUGGUGCCUCAUCAGAGAGUGACACGUCAACUUUUCAUGGAUUUGACGAUGACGAUUUUGACGAACCACUGUCGAAUGGCAGCAUGGAGUCUUCCAGGUGCAGAUAGAACUUCUAUAAACACAGAAGUCCACUGCUACUUUGAUUUUUUUCUUUUUUUUUAUGAAAAGCACAAUGAUACUGGAAAAAUGUUAUGAUUUUUGACUUUUUUAUGGACAUCUCCUUGAAAAUAAAGUGUUUUUUUGUUUACCAAAUUAUACAAAACUCAAAUUGCUGAGAAAUAUAACUCUUUUUUCAAAUGUCUUAAUAGAGAAGAAACUGUAUUGCAUAUUUUUGCAUCAAAUAAAAAGAAAAAGAUCAAACCAGAAUGGCAGAUUUGCUCAGCGUUACCGUUCGUGUCCCAUUUGAACAGUGAAAGAGUGGGAGAAGAAAGUAUUGCCGGGCAUGCUGCUGUUUCCUUCAUUAUUUGGAAGAAAAGAAACCAGAAAUAAACUGUAGUUGUGAACAUGUGUGCACAGUGCCGACAUCCAAGAGAUGGGGAAAUAAUGAAGAAAGAUCGGGAGAAAGGAUCCAAGCAGCUCUGAGUUCUGAGCCAGCUGGCAGGUGUGGCUCCUUUCUCCUCUCCCCUUUAAACCUGAGGACCUCCUGAAGCCACAGCACGCAUGAAGCUGAGCACAUGCAAUACCAAUAUCUUGUAUGCACUAUGUCUGCUCCAGAAUGGAAAACCCCCAGUUGAACUGGGCUGCUAAUUUCAGGACUUGGUCAGAAUUAUAAUAUAAUCACAAAAAUAACAAAUAAUAAUUAGCAUUAAUUAUGACCUGUGUAACUUUUAAUAUUUUAGCUAUUUAAAAUUUAUUUUUUGAAAUGUGCAUCAGCCAGCACGAGAACAGCUUGACGUAUCUUUUAUUUUGUGAUUUUUUUCUUUGAAGUACAUUUUAUGUAACUUUUUUUUAAUAAUUAUUUUUAAGGAAAAAAGUUCUUAUAAAAACUAUUUUGUAAUGUUCAUAAAUGACUGUUCAAUAGCACUAGACUGUUUCAUUGUUCCAGACUGUGAAAGUAAAGAUAAUUUUUGCCUCCC